GAGGUUGUUGUUAAAAUGCAUUGGGUUUGUAAUUGCGCUCCUGACACUGUGUCCCUCCCUGCAGUUCCCCCUGCAGUGACUCUGCGCCACAAGAAAGCUCGUGGAUCUGCAGACACGGAGGUCGUGUGUCAUGUGACAGGGUUCUACCCACGCGCUGUGGAGGUGACCUGGGUCAGAGACGGGCAGGUUCAGCUGGAGGACAGGGUGCAGAGUGGGGAGGUGCUGCCCAACCAGGACGGGACCUACCAGCUGAGAAAGAUCCUGACAGUGAGCCCUGAGGAGCAGGGGAGACACAGCUACUCCUGCCAGGUGGACCACGUCAGCUUCACUGAGAGACAGAACUACAUCUGGGAUCCCAACAUGAGGAGCAGCAGCGAUGGCGGCUCCCCUAUUGGGCUCAUUAUUGGAGUCAUAGUGGGUGUACUGGCUCUGGUUGGAGUAAUCGUUGGAGUGGUGGCCUGGAAGAAGAAACAAGGUGCCCCGAAGAACUACAACCCAGCUCGAACCAAUGAUGGCUCCGACACUUCCUCUGACAACUCCGCUAAAGCCUGAGGAGUGUGACUGCACUGCAGAGAGAAUCAGCAACUCAGCAGAUUUUUCAUCUUUUAAUAAUCCUUCAUACGCAAUACUGCUUUAUAGUUUGAUUUGAUUACACACAUUGCAACUGUGCAAACCAGUAGACAAGGAACCUGCCUCAAAAUCAACUGCGUAAAUCAGAAAACAACACAAAUUAUACAAUGAGAGGAACAAGAACUUCAUUUCUACAACAUCGUGAUGUAAUGAAAUACACCAGUUAACAAGGAGCUGUCGUAUUCAAGCAGCGCUAUUGUAGAAAUACUAACAGCCACCAGUCUAUUUAUCAAGAUAUUUCUAAAGAGUUCCAGUUGAAUGUUUGUCAAAGUACACUCAAUUCUCACUGAAACAAACUUGCAUUGAAUUCAUUUUCUCAUACUGUGUAUUUUCUACACGGUCCCAGACACAUUUAUUCUAAUUGUAAAUCAAUAAGUGCUGCACAGCUGUCCCAGAAAAAGAUGUUGCUGCAGAUUUCAACAUUCCCACAAACAGUUUCUCAACCACUGUGAUAAACCAGGCUCAAUAAUAUAGUGCAGCCUGAAUCUGGGAGCGCUGAGACACAGUCCUGAGGGAUGAGCCCAGCAGGUGGGUCAUGCACUUUUCAGCUGCAGUUCAUUUGCAGUGUGUACUUCUUAAAAGCUCACUUACAACUGUGUUGUUAGUAAAAUGCACAUUUAUACUUUUCAUUGAAAUUUGAUUUGUCUUACUGUAACUUAAAUACAAACACACAGUUUGCAUUUAGUUUUAGACCCCUGAUCAUCAGAGUUGCUGAUGAGAUGCAUUGUGUUGCUGGCCCCUUGUUCUGUGCUGAUGAGAGUUCACACGCCUGAGUGAGUCGUUGCCUUCUCUUCAGUUUGAAAUGCAGCAGUUCCCUUGUCUACUGGUCCGGCUUUGUUUAUUUACCAUGUUUUUUCUCAAUCAGAAUGUAUUUUGAUAAUACUGUAGAUAGAUUAAGAGUGUCUCGCUGUAUCCCAGUUUCCCAAUCCAGAGUUAGUGUUCCCCAGUGUCCCAGUCUCCAGGGUUAGUGUUAAGAACAUAAGAACAUAAGAAAGUUUACAAACGAGAGGAGGCCAUUCGGCCCAUCUUGCUCGUUUGGUUGUUAGUAGCUUAUUGAUCCCAGAAUCUCAUCAAGCAGCUUCUUGAAGGAUCCCAGGGUGUCAGCUUCAGCAACAUUACUGGGGAGUUGAUUCCAGACCCUUACAAUUUUCUGUGUAAAAAAGUGCCCCAGUGUCCAGGGUUAGUGUUCCCUGAUAGAUUAUUGAAGUAGAUUGAAUACAGAGGAGGGAGCCGGGUUAUUCAGCACUCAAGCUUCUUAUAUAGCGCCUUUCGUGAUAAACAGCCUCAAAGCGCUUCAUAGAUCAAAUUCUUUAAAACACAAAGCAAUUUAGAGAUAGUAAAAGAUAACAUGAUAAAAUGCCCCUUUAAAUUACAUACAUUAAAACAAGUCGUUUUAAAAAGCAGUGACAGAAAGGGAUAGACGAGGCACCUUCAUGUGAUCAAUACAUUGUGAUGUUAAUCAGCCAUCGGCUUCGUGUUACACAUGACUGGUGCAGCAAACCUGCUUCACUGUGCAUUGCAGAGAGAGCUGCACGUCAGUGCUGUGAAACAGCAUUGACCCUCUAGAAAAUAGAUACAGAGCAGCAGCUCGGCUCUCUGUAGGAGAGGAGAGCAGUGAGCGGGUGUAGAGAGACUAGUGAGAUAGGGGACGGGACGGGGUUAGGGUUUGCAUCUCCUCAUUGUUGUACAUGCGUGUGGUUCAAUGUACUGAUUUCUGUAAAUCGCUUUUAUUGAAAUAUCUUGGGUUGUGCAUAUUAUUAUACAAAUAGAUUUUUUUGUGAGGGGAAUAAGUUUAAUUUUCAAGGCUUUUCUUUUUUUUAGUAAUAAGGUUUUGAUCUCUCAUUGAGUGCAGUGCCGUUCCAAUGGGGAAGCAGUCUCCUCA